CCUUAUAUUUAUUCAAUUUAUUGGUUUCAGGGGCAACACCGAAAGGUGUUCUAAGAGUGAUGGGUGUACCUGGACUUACUAUCUAUCAUGUGAAAAGCCAUUUACAGAAGUAUCGCCUUGCAAAGUACCUUCCGGAAUCUCCUGGUGAUGGCAAAGGUUUUAAAGAUGAGAAGAAAAGUUCUGGAGACAGCCUUUCUGCCUCUGAUUCUUCUCCGGGAAUGCAAAUUAAUGAGGCACUGAGGAUGCAAAUGGAGGUUCAGAAGCGUCUUCAUGAACAACUUGAGGUUCAAAGACAGCUGCAAAUGAGAAUAGAAGCUCAGGGUAAAUACUUGCAGAAGAUCAUUGAGGAGCAGCAGAAAUUAGGUGGUGCACUGAAAGCUUCUGAGACUUUACCAUUGGAUGAUGAUAAGCAAAAGCAAUCUCGGUCAGAUCCACCUGGUGGUGAUUCUGCGGGGCCCUCUUCUCCCAGAAAGAAACAAAAGUUGGAUGAUGAACUAAAAGAUGGCUUUGACUCCUCAGUGACGCAAAAAAGUCACCAAAAAAAGGUGCUUGUUGGUACAUGGGAUCGAGACUUUUAUGGUAGUGAUGCUGGGUUUGGAUUAGACUUGGAGACUGAGUUCAAGGAAGGAGAAGAUGCUGUGGCGGAGAGAGCAGCUCCUGAACUAGAUCCCAUGCAUCGUUCAAAAUAGUUUUCCCCAUUGUCAAUGUAGUCCUUUGUAAUAUGUUUGUGGCAGAAAUUAUAGACCAUACUUUGUGUAAAUCUAUACGUGUACUCCAUUUGUAGAUAUGAUUAAAAUACAAAAUGUCUGGUUAUUCUCUUGUUGGUUCAAUUGGUUUGUACUUGGCACUGGGACCUGCCAGAAGCGGAGGGACCUGGAUGAAGAAUCAUGCUUUGCUCUCUCGUUUCAGUAUAUUUUAGGUGAUGGGGACAUUUUCUCCCUCUUUAUUCA